GCUAUCUGGCUAAGGUCAUCAUUUUCUUCUCUCACAUAUUUCUUCUGUGUUUAGACUUUCUUUCUCUCUUCUUGUGUGUGUGAUUGAGUUGCAAAAUGAGUCCCUCUAUUCAAAAGGAUUUACCAAAGAGAAGAGAGAAGAGUAUUCAAAAGAGAGUUUGUCGUUACUGUAAUUUAGUAUUCAAUGGUGGAAGAGCCCUAGGUGGCCAUAUCAAAAUACAUCUCAGGAAGAAAAAGAAAACCGAUUUCUUUCCCAAGAAAACUUGUCCCAUAAAACCGUCAACUCUCAAACCUAACAACAAGACUUCAAAUCAUCAAUCAAAACAAGGUGUUUCUGGUUCAGGUUCAGGUUCAGGUUCAGGUUCAGGUACAGGUCUUAGUCGUAGUCGUGAGGUGGUUGAUCUGACUAAAUAUUUAUCUGGAUUACAAUGGGGUGUUCGUGGUAGAGGGGAAGACAUAAUUGAUCUAAUGAAAUACUUUCGUGGGAGAGGAUGGGGAUUAAAGAAAUUAAGAGGAAGUAACGAAGGAAAUAAACCAGCUGAAAUUCCUCUUGUGAGGGGUAAUGCACACAGGAUUAAAAGGACAAGAGGAGUUUAUAUGUGCACUAUUUGCAACAUGAAUUUGGUCACAUUUAGUGCAGUUCUUGCUCAUAUAAGAAGACCAAAUGAAUCUUCUGAAUCUGAUACAACAGUUGAUAUGCCAUUGUUGAGAGGUGAACAAGCUAGAGAAGAACGAGAAGUCCAAAGUGCUGCUCAAGGAUCGGCUGUUGUUGAAGACAGGCAAGAUGUAAUUGAACAACUUUCGGAUUUGAUUGACCAAGAUCAAGCUACCAUUGAUGAAGGUGGAGUGGGAGGAAAAGAGCUAGAAGUGCAGAGUUCUACUAAAGCAUCCAUGGUAGAGAAGAAUUAUGAAAUUGCUCAAGUUGUAGAUUCCAUGGAAUUUCAUAACAAGGACCUAGAUGAUCAAGUAACAAUGGAAGUUGAUGCAGAUGAAAUUACAAAGGGUGAUGAAAUGGUAGUGGGAGAAAAUAAUGCUUCUACAAAUAACGUGAAUCAAGAGAUCUCAACUUCAAAGCCACACAAAAUGCUAGAUUUUGAUUUAAAUGACUUUCCUCCUAUGGAUGAUUGAAUUAAAGAAAAUCUUAUGUCUAUGUUGUUAUUAUGUUCAAGUUAAUAUUUGUUUGUAAAAUACUUCGGGUUAUCUUGUUUUAAUCGGUGAUAUGUUGAACUAUAUACGGUUAAUUUCUCAUA